AUGUCUUUCACUAAUGCUCUCUUCAUCUUUUGUCAUUGUCUGACCCACAGUUUAAAUGUGGUAUUGUUAUUGAUUUUCUUUGGUUGGAGUGCAUCUUCAGAGGCUGAAGAUCCUAUCUUAGUGGGCCCUCCUUCCUCUUCAAAAGUUGGGACUCCUUCUAUUUUAACCUCUAGAGUACUGAAACAGAUAAUUAAUGUUCCUUCAACUGGAAGGAUGAGUUUCCCUACUAUUCUUAGAGAAAGUUUGGAUGUGCUGCUCUCUUCAGUGAGGGCUGAAAAUGAUAAUCUCAUCUUUGGUAUAAGAGUAAUAUCUUCUGUAUGUGAUGGUCAUACAGUUAUCAAGGCUCAUCUGCUGAUGUCUCCACCUAUUGCUGAUUCUAGCAAUAAGUAUAUGCAAAGUACUGGAAGGGCAAUUGAGACAUCUGUCUCUAAAUGUCUUCAUGAGAAUUCUCCUGCUGCUAUUGCUGAGGGAGAUCAGAGCAGUUGCAAAGGUGCCUAUUUUAAAAGGGAAUUAGCUGACAAGAUUGGCCAUUUUAUAAGCAAAGCUUGUGAUGCCUCUUUCAUCACCAAAAUCUGGAGCCUCCUUUGCAAGCUUUGCUGA